AUGGAGGGCUCUCCAUAUCUGAGUAACGAUCUGUUAGUAGUUGAAAUCCUGGUGAGAUUGCCCGAAGAAGCUUUGCUCCGCCUUAUGGCCGUAUGCAAAUCGUGGAAGUCCAUCAUAACCAGCCCCGAAUUCUGUUCCUUGCACCUCUCCACAAACCGCCACCCCUCGAAAAUCUUGCUCAUCACACGAGACCGUGGACAGUUUAACCCCGAUGAUGACACGAUACCCAAGCAGCGCUACUUGCUGCUUGACAACGACGAACAUCUCCCUGCCGACCCUUCCUGGUUGGCCCCUUUCGAUUUCCCCUUCGAAUGCCCAAACACGAUCUCUUACCACAUACUGGGCUCCAUCAACGGCUUGAUAUGCAUAUCCCUUAUCCCAUCCUAUUUUUGGGUUGAUGUGGAAGUCAACAUACCCAUUGUGCUAUGGAACCCUACCAUCCGCAGGUGCGUCUGCCUACCGGAACCCAACUUCAGCUACAUGUAUACCUCGUCCAUCGAGUUUGGAUACGACGCCACCACGGACGAUUACAAAAUCUUGGUCAUUAGGAGAGUAGGCGGCAGUACUACUACUACUACUACUACUCCUGCCCUAGAGUUCCACAUCUAUUCCUUGAACUCACAUGCGUGGCGCGGAGGUUUCAAAAUGUGCCCUCCCGCCGGGACUGGAGAAAGAGGAGACCGCCGACUUUUUUGUGGCACGGACGCUUUUGCGGGAGGCAAGAUGCACUGGCUCGUCUCCAAUGAAAUUAAUUAUGAUGAGGUGGAGCUUGAUGAGUUCGAGCUUCUUUGCAAGAGUAAGAGCCUUUACUCGUUCGAUGUGGCGGAGGAGGUUUUUGCAGAGAUGGCCUUACCGCCACCUGAUGAGGUUGGCGUACAACCCGUGCUUACUGUAGUUAGGGACUCGUUGCAUUUGGUACAGCCCACGCUUGGCUUGGAAAUGCCAAUUUAUUGGACAAUUUGGGUGAAGAUGGACGCCGGCGGAUCUUGUGAUAUGUACUGGAAGAAAUUGUACAGAGUUGAUGUUGAUGUGACUGCUAAGUUUGUGUGUUUUUUGAAGAAUGGGGAGUUGUUGAUGGACAUGUGCCCUCCUCACCUUGAUGACCAUGGUGUCUUAGCGGCAUAUGAUCCGAGGGCUAGGCAGUUUAAGGACUUGGAGCCCUUGUCCCUCUCUCAACAACGAGCCGUUGGGAGUGUUCGUUCUUUUAAUCACCAAGAGAGUCUCGUCCUUCUCGACCGCUAG